CCUUCUGUCACCUGCAGCUUUGAUGGUGAUGACUUUGAUGAUGUGGAGGAAGAUGAAGGGCUGGAUGAUUUGGAGAAUGCAGAGGAGGAGGGUCAAGAGAAUGUAGAAAUCCUUCCAUCUGGAGAGAGACAACAGGCAAAUCAGAAGCGGAUCACGACUCCAUAUAUGACCAAAUAUGAGAGAGCCAGAGUCCUGGGCACUCGUGCGCUCCAGAUAGCGAUGUGUGCUCCAGUUAUGGUAGAGUUGGAAGGAGAGACAGACCCUCUUCUGAUUGCAAUGAAAGAACUCAAAGCUCGGAAGAUCCCCAUAAUCAUCCGCAGGUACCUGCCAGAUGGAAGCUAUGAAGACUGGGGUGUGGAUGAGCUAAUUAUCACAGACUGAUCUGCAUCCUGUAAAUGUCCCCGGUUUCUUCUCCUGCAGAUGCUUUUAUUUUUGUGUAUAUUUGUGUAAAUAAAUAAUAAAACCCCA